CGACUAUAUGAUUACCAUGAACCGAAUUCGAUAUCCCAAUAUCCGAAUCAGGAAAAGCUUCCUAUUCCAAUAUAUAUAAGCAAAGGGAUUGGUCGGAGAAUUCCGCCUGCACUAUGCCAGGAAAACCUGCAGUGCGGGGGUAUAUAAUAUUCCCAUAAUUUUCACUUCGUUGAAUACUUUUCAGUUUAUCACUCUUUCUGUUCUCUACUUCAAUUAUCCACUCAAUUGCCAAUUUUUUACCACUAUGUUGAUCGAAGAAACCUACCACGAUGUCAAGACCUCUUAUGGCACCACCAUGAGAUUAUUUGUCUUCCAUCCCAAGGUGCCUAACUACCCCAAGGUCAAGUUCCCAGGUGUCAUUGUCUACAGUGAAAUCUACCAGGUUACCGGCCCAGUUUCCAGAUUCGCCAAGGACAUUGCAGGUCAAGGAUUCAUCGUCGUGUGUCCAUCGAUCUACCAUAACUUUGAGAGCUAUGAAGCAUUGACUUACGAUGAUGAAGGUACUGACAAAGGUAACAAGUACAAGAUUGAAAAGGAGUUGAAGUCUUACGAUGAAGACAACAAUUUGUCCAUUGAGUAUUUGUUGUCGUUGCCAACAUGUAACGGCAAGAUUGGUGCCACUGGAAUGUGCCUUGGUGGCCAUUUAGCAUUCCGUUCAUCUUUGGAUCCUAGAGUCAAAGCUGCUGUCUGUUUCUUUGCUACAGACAUCCACAUCCAUGCCUUGGGCAAGGGUAAGAAUGAUGACUCCUUGAAGAGAUCCAGCGAGAUCAAGGGUGAAAUCAUCAUGAUCUUUGGCUGCAAAGAUAACCACGUUCCUUUGGAGGGUAGAGACUUAAUCAGAUCUACAUUGAGAGCCAACAACGUUGAUAUGACCUUUAUUGAGAUCAACGAUGCUCAACAUGCCUUUGUCAGAGACGAGCUCAGUAAAGGCAGGUACGACCCUGCUACUACUAAGAACUGUUUCGAAUGGCUCUUGGAAUUGUUCAACAGAAAGCUCAAGUUGGACUAUGGUGACCACGACGGUAAGGCUGAGGUGAUUGAGAACAUCUGCUGAGUAGUAUAUGACAUAGAAAAGGUAGAAAAAAAAGAAAAACAAAAUAAAAAAUUAUGCCUAAUAU